AUGGGUGACAGUUCUAUGCGCGACUAUGGUGUCGCUGCACCUCACGGACCCAACAUGGGCGGCCAACAUGUAGCGACUGCUAACCUCGCCGACAUGAACAACAACGAAGCCUCUGUCUUCCGCUCGCUUCUCCUGCCAGACGACUCCUACGACGAAAGCGGUACCUACUGGGCAGACAUGAAGAUUGGCCGCAAGUUCAAGUUCAUCAGUAAAGUCGACAACGCCGAGACUGCAAGCGAACUCAGAGCGAUUGGAAGGAUGACCAAGGCCGAUCCUCUCAGCCCGGUCAGCUAUUACUUCAGGAACAUGGUCAUUCCCGGUAUGGGACUGCUCCUCGAAGGAUACGUCCUUUUCUCCAUCGGAAACGUCAAGCCGCUGUUCCAAUCCGCUUUCCCUGGCUGCUGGACGCACUACACUGUCUGCAACAAGACCUGGAUUCAAGCUAUCGACUACCUCGAGAUCUGUGGUAUUAUUGUUGGCCAAAUCCUUGUCGGUAUCAUUGGUGACUGGCUCGGCCGUCGAUGGGGUCUCAUUCAAGAUGCGACCAUCAUGUUCGUCGGUCUUCUCAUGCUUACUGCUUCCUGGGGUGUCACUCUUAACGGCUGGGUCAUCUGCUAUGUCUGGUCACUCUUCUUCUACGGUGUCGGUGUGGGUGGUGAGUACCCGAUGACUGCAACCUCUGGUAUGGAGAACGCAGUCGGAUCGGGCAAGAUCUCUACCCGCGACGAUCGUCUUCACCGUGGCCGCAAAGUCACGUCCGCUUUCCUGAUGCAAGGUUGGGGACAGUUCUUCAACCAGGUCAUCCUCAUCCUUCUGCUCCUCAUCUUCCACGGCGGUACUUCCUCCCCACCAUAUGGCAGGACCCUCUCUCAGUGGACUUACCGUGUCUCGUUCGCCAUCCCGGCCGCUGGAACUCUUUGGCUCGUCUACUACCGUAUCUACAAGAUGCGAUCCGCGUCCAAGCAACUCCAGGCCGCGAAAAAGAAGCAGUCAGUCACGGGUUACGACGUCAAGUCCCUGAAACUCACCUUCACGUACUUUGGUGGACGUAUCCUGGCUACGGCCGGUGCAUGGUACGCCAACGACAUCUUCUUCUACGGCAACAAGCUCUUCCAGGCCGAGUUUAUCAAGACUAUCACUCAUUCUGAUUCCGUCAUGGUCAACUGGCUCUACAACCUGCUGAACUGCGGUGUCGAGCUUGUUGGCUACUAUCUCGCCUCCUUCCUGAUUGACAACAAGCUCUAUGGGCGCAAGUGGAUGCAGAUUGUCGGUUUCCUGGGAUGCUUCAUCUGCUUCGUCAUUCCCGCAUUCGGCUACGAUUACUACGCGCACGGUCCUGGUGUCAAGAAGUUCAUGGCCAUGUACUUCAUCUCGUCCUUCUUUGGACAAUUCGGCCCCAACUGUGUUACCUUCUUGGUCGCCGCCGAGGUCUUCCCUACCCCCGUACGUGCUUCCGCGCACGGUUUCUCCGCCGCCUGGGGCAAACUGGGUGCUCUCACCGCUGCUGUCCUGUACAACUACAUCGACGUGCCAACCCGUUUCCUCGUAGUGCCAUGGUUCGGUCUCGCAGGAGCCAUCUUGACUUUGGUCUGGCUCCCUGACACCACUGGUCUUGACUUGAAGGAGCAAGAACGUCGCUGGGCAUACAUCCGCGCCGGCCGUGAGCACGAGUACCACGGUGUCGCCGUGCACCCUCAGCAUCUGUCUCUCUGGGAACGACUCUUCGGCCUCGCCAAAGCAUACGACGCCGAGGAGGACUACAAGCAGCGUGUCGAGGAGAUGCGCGCUGACUGGGAAGCCGCCAUGGCCCGCCGCGCGCAAGAAAAAGAGAAUGCCAUGGAGCAAGAAGAGGACGACGACUGGAGCUCCGAAGUCAGCACCUUCUUCGAGCGUACUCGUGGAAAGGGAGCCGCAUCGCCUUUCAAGACUGGCAAUGGCGCUGUCAACGGCAAUGGUCAUCCUGACAUCCAAGAGGAGAAGGAGCAUGAAGCUAACGGCCAGUAA